GUUCGCUUGUGUUCCAGCGCAGGGGAGAUUGCGAAGAGUCGCAAUCUUGCUUCAGAGAAAGUGAAGGCACUCGGGCACCCUGGCCUGUCCGACACCUUUUGGACAUUUGCAAGGACUGUCCAGCUGCUCAAGGUCGAAAAAGUCCAGGAUGGUGAGGAACAGAACUUGAGGUACAACAACGCCUUGUACAACAAGGCCUUACACCAGGCUGCCACAGCAGCUGUUGCAGUGCUGCGGGGUCCAUCCGGUCCCGUGGAGCAGGCUGCCCGGAGAUUGGAGCUGGAAUUUGGGCGGGGCAUCUUGAGCAGUCAGUACUCGAAGUUGAGCAAGCUGUUAUCGCUGACCAACAAGCUUGCAACUGCUACCAGAAACGCUGUAGACCUGACGGCCUGGAUGAUCGACUCCUUGACGCUGGCCCUGCGCAUGAACAUGGUCACGCCGGCCAAAUGCACCGAGAAGUUUUUGGAUCGAGACCGGAAGACAGGCGAUGCUGGCUUUUGGUUGUCGCGCAUGCUUGUGAUGCAGGUCUUCGAUUAUGCAGCAAAGCUGGCGAACAAGUUGCCUGAGCCGGACAAGGUUAAGCUGACAGGGAUUUUGGCUGAACUCCGUUGCCCUUCCACAUGUUGGGAGAAAUAUCUCCGCCAUGCUGAUGCUGAUCAAGGGGCUGCUGGAGAGGACGACGUGGACGGCGAGGACCCAGAGGACGUGGAGCGCCCUGUUCCGCAGUCCAAGAUUGGAGCUGUUAAAGAGGGUUUCAACAAAGCCAUUGGCAUGCUUUUGGAUUUGCUGCUGGAGCUGAUGUCGGGGAAGCACUACAAGGAUUGCUGCAUGCUGGCUUCGAGUGAAGAUGGCCUUGCAAAGGCAUUGACAGCUGCACAACUUGGAAGCUCGGAUGACACGGAGAACCAGGAGCCAUGUGCGCUUAUCAAUCAGAUGAAGAUCAUUGUCGACAAGCUCGACAACAGCACGAAGUCCGUUGGUGCCACAUCAGCGGCUCCUGCUCCGAGCUUGCUCCAAAGCCUGGCCAAGGCUUCUGAAGCUGACACACCCGAGGAAUGUGUCGAGCGUGAGCGGCAGUGGAAGGUGGUGCAAACGGAACGCCGCAAGUUCGUGUCGUUCUCGGUACCGAACAAGAUCUCGAAGGACUGCCUAGUCACUGCGUUCAGAGGUUGCGGCAAGGUCUUCACGCACAAGGGCACCUUAAACUCUUCGCACCGCCUGAUCGUUGCCAGUGCGGAUCUCUUGGCAGAGGCUGGUACCGACCCGUGGCUCAAGGGCACUCCGCCAACUGAGGAAUGGAAAGAGAUCUGCGCCUUUGCCAAAGACAUUUCUGGGCCCGAGGAUUUCGUCGUACUCUUCGACGGCAGAAUGCGGGAAGUUCGCCGCUUGAGCGAAGACAUCCUGCUGAACCAGCAGCACACCGAGGAGUGCACCAUCGUGUACUCAGGUGGGUGCCCACCGAGAACUGGUCGCACUCGCCGCGUCCCGCUGGCUGCAAAGAAGGUGGAGACAGGAGCGGUUAAGUUCCCGGUCGCACGCACAAAGAUUCAGACGACGAAGAAAGGCUCCUUCACAGUCUGCGGCGAGGCUUCUACGUACCAAGGCACUUACUCAGGCGUGGAGUACCGUGCGGUUUCUGAAAUGCCCCUCGUGUCUGCAGACACCAAGAAGAAGAUCAUUGCUCCGGCAACAACCGCCGACCUCCCGACACCGCCAGAGGACUGGCAGGAUCGCCACGGCUCCGACGUACCCUUGUUCUGGAACGAGUCGAAGCCGAUAGCAUUUUGGAAUGCCAUCAUUGAGGAGUUUUGCGCGGAGGCAGUGUUUGACAUCACGGCUGGCACCGGUGCUCUGAUGGAGGCUUCUUUGACUGCCGGCAUCGCCUACCACGGGCUUUGCCGCCUCAACAAGGAGCACAUGUCGUGGGUCCAGGCGGUUGCUGAUCGCGCAGCUUGCGGAAUGAUGGCUUUGGAGGGAUCCACUCUUUACUCGGACGAGAAUGCCAAGGCGGUGAAGAAGCAUUUCCCGGCCGUUCUGGAGAGCUUGUCCAAUCAAGACGACCAGGACGAGGCACAAGCUCAGGCACCCAGGCCUACCAGACGCCUCUGGGGCAAAACCAGUCUCAAGACGGCUUCUCGUCGGCGGCCCUCGCGGUGCGAGCAUGGUGGCAGCAAAUCGCAGAGCUUGCGGAAGCAGGCUGUGAAAGACGGCUUGGUCCCCAAGGCUCGAAGGGGCUUCGUCAUCUGGUUCCAGGAAAACUCCAAAGUCAAGAAAGGCGCUCCCAAGUCCAAGUUUCUCAAUGAAAUGAAGCAUCUUGGCGCAGUCUGGCAGGGCAUGACCGACAAGCAGAAGGCACCAUUCAUGGCGAGGAGCAAAGAUGAGUUCAUGGCUCAGCGAAGUGCACUGGCCGUUCUUGGCAUCAAGAUGCGGGGCUCCACGACCAGUGCAGGCGGCCCCGACGAGGCGAAGGACCCCCCUGCCGCUGACGAAUCUGGCGGUCGCGUUGGCCCAUUUGAGCUUAAUGGUGCAAGGGCUCCAAUUGGAGGCGGAGCCUAUGGCAGUGUCUACAGUUGCCAGCAUCCGCAAAGCGGCCUUAACGUGGCGGUGAAGGUUUAUCGUGGCUCCGAUGGCCCCGCGGAUUGCAGGCACGAAGUGGAACAGAUGAAGCUUCUAAUGAAGGCCGUUCCGCAGCAGAAGAUGAUGUGGUUCCCGCUUCUUGUCAGCUCGGGUGUCACGGGCAGACCCUGGCCAUGGAUGGCUACUAGCCUAUGUGGGCCCAGCCUGGCAACCGCACUUCGAAAUCCUGCGGCGCAUGGCAAGCCGAGGACGUGGUCUGUGGCAGCUCAGCUGAGAAGUGCACUGCAGACCUUGCAUGACGCAGGCAUCCUACACUUGGAUGUGAAACCUGGCAAUGUUCUUUGGUGCCCUUGCACAGAUCAGGUGCAGGUGUGCGACUUCGGCAUGAGUGAGAACAUGGCACGGCUCCAGAAGGCUUCUCAGGCUCCCAGGUUCCUGCAGUAUGUCACGGCUGCCUAUCGACCUCCGGAGCUGUGGCCCGCUCGUGUGAAUGGCGAUGGAGACUGCGGUGUCAGAAAGCAGCUGCUGACUGCAGCUGUGGAUAUGUGGGCCUAUGCUUGCGUGGUGUUUGAGGUGGAGACCGGGAAUCCCUUCAUGCCCAAGGGGGAGGCCGGACUGAGAGCGUGGUGCAAGCAGUGGCCCGAGCUGUGGAAAACACGCAGCGACUUAGCCAAUUGUCCCGCUGCAAGUCACACUUGCUGCACAAAGGUGCUUCGAGCCGGUAAAUGGGCGCUGUUUGUGUUGGUCGGCUGUGCUCCAGACCCCGGAAAGCGCCGGUGGCCGGAGCUCUGUCAUCAGAAAUGA